GAAAUUGAUUAACGUUUAUUCAAUAUGGAUAUGGAAUUGCCGUACAUGGCAGAAUAUGCCAAAUCUGGUCGUGCUUCUUGUAAAGGUUGUAAGUCUGCUAUUCCGAUGAAAGAGCUACGAAUUGCAGUUAUGGUCCAAUCUGCUUUUCACGAUGCCAAAGUACCUAACUGGUUCCAUAAGAGAUGUUUUUUCGAGAAACAACGUCCAACAUCUGUAGGGGACAUACAGAAUUUCGAAAACUUACGUUUUGAUGAUCAAAAGGAACUGGAGACGCUUAUUGGAGCUGUAGCAGGAAGCGUAAUUGCUAAUACCGGAAAGAAACGUUCUAAGGCAGAAACCACAGCGCUGAAAGACUUUGGUAUCGAGUAUGCAAAAUCCAGCCGAUCAUCCUGCCGGGGCUGCGAUCAAAAAAUAAGCAAAGAUCAAAUUCGUAUACGAAAAACUGUGUUUGAUACUGAAGUUGGUAUGAAGUAUGGUGGUCAACCACUGUGGCAUCAUAUAGAAUGCUUUGCACAAUUGAGAUCCGAACUUGGUUGGUUCGAUACUGGCGAAAAUAUUCCAGGUUACAAAAGCUUAAAAGCCGAGGACAAAGUUGAAGUGAUAAGAGUGCUUCCGACCAUCAAGUGUGAAGACACUCCGGAUGCCAAAAAACAAAAAGUGGACCAAACUGAUGAUAAGGAAGAAAAGGAGAAAAUAAAACAGAUUAAAAAACAGAACGACACGUUUUUUAAAUUCCGCGAUGAACUAAAAAGUCAAAUGAAAAAACAAGACAUUGAGGAUCUCCUAAUAUCGAAUGGACAGCAGCCGGUAACGGGCGACUCUGAAAAGUUUUUUGAUCAAGUUGCAGAUAUGUUAACAUUUGGCGCUAUUACCCCCUGCUCUGAAUGCAAAUGUUCUCAGUUUAUUUUCAAUAAAUCUGGAUACAAAUGCAAUGGAAAUAUUUCCGAGUGGACCAAAUGCGAUAAGAUUUACACUGAACCAAAUCGCACGGCUUGUAAAGUACCUAAGGCUAUAAAAUCAUCCUAUCAUUUUUUAGAUGGGGUUAAAAAAAAACCAAUAACACGAAUUAUUCAAUAUAUUCCUCCAAGUGCCUCCAUAAUUUCUAAAAAUAUAUUGCUGAAAAAGAAUCCUGAGGAGUUAAAUGGACCGAAAAUUGUUCGUAAGAAGCCACCAUUAUAUAAUUUGAGAUUUUCCAUUAUUGGAAUUAAAGAAAAAGAAAAAGAGUUAAAAAAACGAAUUGAAAAAUUGGGCGGAAAAUGCGAAACCAAAAUAUCCGAAAGGACUAUAGCAAUUAUAUCUACUGAAGAAGAAACUAAAAAAAAAACCAACAGAAUGGAGUCGGCAAAAACAUUUGGCAUUCAAAUUGUGCCUGUUGAAUACAUCGAUUCUGUUGAAUCUGAUCCUGAUGGCGCCAUUAAUUAUAUAAGCAGUAUGAGCAUUUGCGACUGGGGUACAGACCCAUCAGCUCGUGUUCCCCAAGAAGAAGCUAAAAGCUCAAAGUCAAAGAGUAUAUAUACAAAAUCUGUUCCUACGUCAAAAACUCUAAAAGUAAAGGAUGGUCUUGCUGUGGAUCCUGAUAGUGGUCUUGAAGACAUCGCCCAUGUCUAUGUUCAGGGAAAAGACAAAUACAAUAUAGUGCUUGGUUUGACUGAUAUUCAACGCAACAAAAAUUCAUACUAUAAGCUACAGCUAUUGGAAGCUGAUAAAGGUUCAAGGUAUUGGAUUUUUCGUUCAUGGGGACGGAUCGGCACGACCAUUGGGAAUUUUAAGGUUGAAGAGUGUGAUACCAUUUUGGAAGCGAAAGAAAUUUUUCAAAAAGUAUAUGCUGAUAAGUCCGGAAAUGAAUUUAAAGAUCGAGAACAUUUUGUCAAAAUCCCAGACCGUAUGUAUCCGAUCGAUAUUCAGUACGAUGACGAUUCAAAAAUGUUAACGGAUAACAAACAUGUAAUUAGUUCCAAGCUUGAACCUUCCGUACAAAAUUUAAUCAAACUUAUUUUUGAUGUCGAUUUUAUGAAAAAAACAAUGAUGGAAUUUCACAUUGACAUGGAGAAAAUGCCUUUAGGUAAACUAAGUUUAAAGCAAAUUCAGUCUGCGUAUAAUGUGGUAAAAAAAAUGUAUGAAUUGAUCGAGUCCGGUUCUAAAAAUGCAGGACUUAUUGAUGCUUCUAAUAGAUUUUACACGUUGAUUCCCCACAACUUUGGAGUCCAAUCUCCACCAUUGAUUGAAACUUCUAAGCAAGUCGAAGAUUUGCGACAAAUGCUUGAUUCGCUGGCUGAAAUCGAGGUCGCCUAUAACUUAAUAAAGAACGAAGAUACAAUUGAUAACAUAAACCCAUUAGACAAACAUUACGAGCAAUUGAAGACUCAAUUGGUAACGCUAGAUAAAAAUAGUGAUGAAUUUUCAAUUUUAAAUAAGUAUGUAAAGAAUACCCAUGCUGCUACCCACAGUGCCUAUGAGCUUGAGGUGGUGGAUGUGUUUAAAGUAGCUCGUCAAGGGGAGGCUAGACGUUUUAAACCUUUUAAAAAGCUACAUAAUCGAAAAUUAUUAUGGCACGGUUCACGUAUAACGAAUUUCGCUGGUAUCUUAUCUCAUGGUUUGAAAAUUGCUCCCCCUGAAGCGCCACCAACUGGUUAUAUGUUUGGAAAAGGCAUUUAUUUUGCUGACAUGGUUUCAAAAUCUGCUAAUUAUUGUUGCACAAGCCAACAAAACUCAACCGGAUUGCUGCUUCUUUCCGAAGUAGCAUUAGGAGAUAUGAUGGAAUGUACCGCAGCGAAAUACGUUACGAAACUACCGAACGAUAAGCACAGCUGCUAUGGCCAUGGUCGCACCAUGCCAGAUCCUAAAGAGACCUAUAUGCGAAGUGAUGGUGUGGAAAUACCACUUGGAAGGGCAGUCACUGAUGCAAAUUUGAAAUCUUCAUUAUUAUACAAUGAGUAUAUAGUUUACGAUAUUGCCCAGGUAAAUGUUCAAUACUUGCUUCGAAUGGAAUUUAAGUAUAAGUAUUAAGAUGUGGAAAUUUGUUAAAAAAUCACUCUGAAUAAAAUUACUAUCCUGUAUUAAAUCAUA